AUGCGGAGGCCGGCGGCACCUCGGCGCAGCGGCGGGCGGCCCGCUCCCGUGGCCGCCCUCGCCUGCGCUGCAGUCGCGGGCGCCGGUGCGCGGGGCCUGGGCGGCAGCUCGUUCGCGGCCGCCGCGGCCCCGCCGCUCGCGCGCGGUGCCGCGGCCGCGGGGCUCAGGCUGGCUCGCCGGCGGGCCCAGGCCGUCAAAGUGCCCAUGUCGGCUCGGGCCGAGGCCGAGGCCGAGGCCGAGGCCAUCAGGGCCGACGCUGGGGCGUCGAGCGGCUCGUCCAAGGCGCCCAGCGUACCCAUCUCAGGGGACGGUCGCGCCCUGGACACGAGUGGGCCGGUGGGCGCCGUGGGUACUCUUGUGGUGAGCCUCGCGGUCUUGCCCUACGUGCCAGUGAGCCUCUACAACUCGUUCAUCCUCGCCACCACGGGGAGGGGGCUGGAGCUCGCAGCGGGGCCGGAGGGAAUCUACGGGCCGAAGGAUGGCGUCUACGGAAUCGCGGCCAUUUUGGCCGUGUCUGGGGUGGUGUUGUGGUCGCUGACGUCGAGAGUUUUUCGGGGCUGUGGGCUCCCCUCAGGACUGUUUGCCCUCCUGAGGCUCACGGAGGGCGUCUCUUAUUUGGCAGUUGUGGCGUUCUCGAUUGCAGUGGCCUUGAACCAGCUCGAGCCGGAGGAUAAUCCGGUGCUGGGGUUCUCCUUCGACGCCCCCGAGAAGUCCGCCCAGGUUUUCUCAGCAAAAUCGAUCAAGGGCCUGGACAAGGCCGGCAAGUACCUCGAGAAGGAGACGGCCCCAUCGCGCGCUCUGCUCAACGCUGCGCUGGACGAUGUAGCCAAGCAGGCGUCCGAGAAGGCUAGCGAGAUCUCUAAGCGAGCGUCCGAGAAGGCUGACGAUGUCGCCAAGCAGGCGUCUGAGAGGGCCAACUCGUUUCAGGAGGGGCUGUCGAAGAGGGUGUCAAACGUAAAAGCGCCCGUGCUCCGAGGCACCACGGAUGCGCUCAAGGGCGGUGGCGAGGAGACCGUGAGCGUGUAG